AUGGAUCAACCAAGUGGACAAAGAGCGUAUGAGCACCAAGAUGGUGGUUCUUGGAGAGGACGUGGCGACAGAAAUCAGAGAGGUGGAGGUAGAGGAAGAGGAUAUGAUGGAGGUGGUAGUAGAGGAUAUGAUAGAGGUGGUAACAGACCAUACAACAGAGGUAAUAAUAGAUCAGGUAAUCAAUGGAAUAACAGAGACAAUUACAGACAGGACAACAGACAGUAUAGCCAAGAAGAGAGACCACAAAGUGGUGGAUUUGGUAAACCCUCUUACCACAAGGGACCAAAUGUACAACACCAGGAAGAUGUGGCACAAGGUCAAAACAAUUACAAUGAUAGGGCAAGACCUGAAGACAAGAAUCAUGAAGAUCAUGUGAGAGAUACUAGCCCAGACAGACAAGACAGAUCACGGCCGACAAACAAAAAUGAUGAGGAUCAUACCAGGGAUCCAAGUCCAGAUAGAAGUCUCACUGAACACUGCAUACAGGAGAAUCAAGGUGCGUCUUCUGAUGCUUCAACCCAAAACCAGUCACAGCAAGUCCAAAAUAGUGGGGCAUCAGGUUCCCAACAAGGGCAAGGACAAGUUUUCUACAAUCAAAACCAACAUGGACAAAAUAGACAUCAACAUAACAACAGAGGUAGAGGUCAACAACAUAAUGACUCACAGGGUCAGGAUAGAGAUCACCAGAAUCAGUGGCAUAACAGAAACCAGGAUGGCUAUCACAAUCAAGACAGAAGCCAAGAGCAUCAGAGGUAUGAUAAUAGAAGAGAUGGAUAUGAUAGAGGUCAAUACCAAGGCCAUUCUGAUAACAACAAUAGUUACCAGCAAGGUCAGAGAUACAAUAGAGGUGGCUAUCAACAGAAUAAUGACAGGAGACAACAAGGAUCAUGGGGAGAAAAGUCAGACAUCCAGCUAUCUAAGGCAUUGUCAUUCAUACUGAGACAUGGAGCAGAAAGACAAGGGUAUAAAAUGAUGCCAGGUGGGUUUCUAUAUGUUGACGAAAUUCUUAAAAAGCAAAACAAUCUACGGGAUUAUAACCUUGAUGAUGUGAAAAGAAUUGUUGAAACAAAUGACAAAAAGAGAUUUCACAUGGAGCCAGAUAAAGAAACAGGAAAAAUGAAAAUCCGAGCAAACCAAGGACACAGUAUUGAAGUGCAGGAUCUUGAAUUGAAACCACUAUUAUCUGCUAAAGACAUUUCUAUGGUUAUCCAUGGAACUUAUUAUAAUUCUUGGGAGAAGAUAAAAAACACAGGGUUAAGUAGAAUGAAUAGAAACCAUAUCCACUUUGCUGCAGGAGAACCAGGAGAAAAUGGAGUCAUCAGUGGGAUGAGACAAUCCUGUGAAGUUAUGAUAUUUAUUAACCUUGAGGCAGCUCUAAAAGAUGGAUUCAAGUUUUUCCGGUCAGCCAAUAAUGUGAUACUUUGUGCUGGAAAUGACGAUGGAGUUAUUCCCCCUAAAUACUUUGUAGAAGCAGUACAGAGGAACCCAAGACAAAGAUUAGAUUUUGAUCAGAAUGUUAAAGUAGUAAGGGUACCUAUUGGUGGUGCAAACUUGGUACAGGAUGGAAAAGGAAAGAAGAAGAAAAAUAAGAAAAACAAGGGAGAUAGAGAGAAAGAAGAAGGAACAGAAACACAGAAAAAGAAAGAUAAGACAGAAAUAGACGAGACUGCGGUGGAAGAUACAGCACAGAUGUUUGAUGAAAAGAUGGAAGUGGAUUCACCAAGUGGAUCUAAGGCUGUGGAUGUGCCAAAGAAGUCUGAGGCUCGGAAUGUUAAAGCAGCAAGUGGAUCUGGAGCUCUGUCUAAACUUAAAGAUGAUUAUCCUAACACACCUAAUAGCUGGGAGGAUGACGACAAGUUUGAAGAUGCUGUACAGGAUCAGGAACCAGAAGAUAAAUUUGAGGAUGCUAAAGGAGGUCCAGAUAGUUUAGAUGUAAAGGUAGAAUCAUAUGAGGAAACAAUUACAAUAGAUGAACAAGAUAACAGUGUCAGUGCUGUAGACUAUCUGAUGGAGAAAGAUGUUGUGGCUGUUCACAUUGAAGUGUCAGAAGAUGGCUUACGGAGAAUAGCUUGUGUUACUGAAGAUAAAUCUUUUAUCUUUGAUGUCGAAAACAAUCCUGACUUAAUGACAUUAGGCAAAGUAGCAGAGUUUUUCAAUUUGACAAAGGAACCAACCAAAGUAUUUCAUGGAUUGGAUUCUAAGACAUGUGCUGUGUUUUUUUACAAAUAUGACAUCAUACUGGAUGGAACUAAAAUAUAUGAUCUCAAGAUUGCCUAUGAUAUGAUAAAGGAAGGAGGUUUUGGUGAUAUGACUAAAUUAAAGAAGACUGGUUUCAGUCCCGACUGUAUCCCUGUUGACACUGAUAAUGUUACUGCUGUUUGUUUGACCUACUUAAAGGCUUAUCAGUAUUUCUCCUCAAAGGAAGUUAAAAGGGAAUUGAAUUACAAGAAAGAUUUAUUUAAAAUGGUAAAUGCUAAUAUUGAAAAAGAGGAUGUGAAGAAGCUAAAAGAUAGAAAGAAGAAAGAGUUAAAAGCUGCUCCUGCUAACCAAGGACAAACAAAUAAACAACAGAGUUCUAACCAAGGACAAAAAUCUAAGUCAAAGAAACAAAAAAAGAAAUGAUGAUUACUAGAAAAUCAAGGCAAACAUACUAAGAAAACUUUAGAAUUUAUUACCUACUGUCAAUUCAAAAUAUUACUGUGUACAAACUGUAUAUAUAUAUCCUUAGGACUGUUUGUAAAUGGAUAAACAUGUGAAAUUAGUGCCAAUGCUAUUAAUGUUACAUACAGAUAUUGCAAUUAGAAAUUUGAAACUUGUAAUACUGUGGAUUCAUUUAUUUUCGUGGGUAUUAAUUUUCGUGGAUAUUUAAUUUCGUGGUUUCUGCAAAGUCAGCUUUCUCGCUCUUAGAAAAUUUGCAAUUCGUUGAAUAUUUAAAUUCGUGGUUCCCCUGUACCCAUGAAAUACACGAAAAUUAGUAUCCAACGAAUAUUAAUGAAUCCACAGUACAUGAAAGAUUUUUUUUCGCAAUUGUAAAAAGAUUACAAAAUUUCUGAAUUUACAAUAUGUAUUGCAGUUUUCUAGAAGAGUAUUAAAAAGGUUUUUUUUUUUAAUACUGUGCUGUAACUAAAGUGCUUUUUACAUAAAAAUUCUCACUUUUUCAUCCGUUUUAAACAUAGUGCUUACAUGCAAAUUCACACAGCUUACAUGAUAGUUAAAUGUUGCUGUAAAUAUAUUUUACUUACAUGAAAUUCCAUGCUGCUAGUAUAUUGAAAAUGAUCCAUACUACUUCAUACUGGAAGUUUGCAAUUGAUCUUCAGUCAUAUUAAAUAAUUACAAGGGAGAUAAUUCAAAUAUUUGCUUUUUUGGUACAAUUAGUAUAAAUGUGUUAGGAAAUACUUGAAUUACAAUUAUUUUCAGAUUAGAAGUAUGCUGUUUGUAGAUAUUAAACCUUAUAUGCAAUACUUACAAUAAUGGUUUCAUACCUUAACUAGUGUUACUUUUCUUUUAUUUAUUGAUGUUUUGGCUUUAAUAUGUAUUAAACAUUAAUCAAACUUGCAGAAAAAAGGGCUAGUUUUAAAAAUGUUUCUGUUAAAUAUAUUUCAUUGCCAUUAAAUUAUUAUAAAUUGAUAUCUUUGAAAUCCUACCAUUGAAUCAUUAAUUAUUAAAAAUGAAUAAAAAUACAUGUAACCUGUAUAUAGCCAAUUUUGUGAUAUCAUGGUAUGCAUAUCUUUCCUUAGUCUCAGUUUUUUUAAACCAAUGUUCAAGAUCAUGUACAUUUCAAAAUAUUUCAGUAUCACAUUUAUUACAACUACAACUAGUAAUUUCAAUGGUGUUUAAUAUACUGUUGGAUAUGCUUUGAAGAAGGAGUAUAAAGCUAUAUUUUGGAUGGCUAUAGUAUAUAAGUUUAAUGCGAAGGAAAAAUUGAUUGAAAAUCACAAUGCUUAUAAACUUGACUGGUAGUCUGUUAAUUCAACUUCUAACUUAUUUUUAUAGAAAAAUAUAGAUUUGGCAGCUCUUAUGUAUAACAUAGCCAGCAAUUGUGUAUAAAGGAAGGCAUAUACAUUUUUAUUAUUCAUUUAUAAUUCAUUUAUAAUUGCAUUGAUUUGGUACAAAACAUAGAAAUAUUGUCAUUUUGUAUAAUGCAGUCAUGCAGAUAGAUUGAUUAAAGUUUUCUUUGAGUAUCUUUGUAUGUGAGAGUGAUUGUGAAUUUUAAAUGUUGAUUUUUUUUUUGCACAUAUUAAAAUCACAGAAAGAAGCAAAGUUACUGCCCUUGGAUAUGUUAAUCUAAAUGUUUGAAUAAACCAUAAAUUAACAAAAAUUGUAUUCCCAGUAAAAUGUAAUUUUUGACAUUACAUUAGAGAGUUGAAUUGUUUAUAGCUAUAAUAAAGGGUUGUGUUAAAUCCAAAACAAUACUGUAAAUUCAUGAAUUUUUGUGGGUAUCAAUUUUCCUGGAAAUAUGAAAAAUUGUAUUUUCAUGGAUAUUUAAUUUCAUGGUUUUGCUUUAAAAAAAAUCACUAGAGGGAACUAACCAGUUGUAAGAUAAAUAGUCGACACAUUAUUAUUUUUGUAGAAAAAGUCAGGUCUUUUUAAAAGUAGUGCAACAUCUAGAAUUGUUGUGAUAUCAUUUUUUUUUUAAAUCAUUGCAAUAUGUCUAAUUUUCAAUACCUAUUCUGAAAAAAAAAAUGUAUUAUUACAGCAUAGCAUGUUACGAUCUUACAAACACAUUGAUAUAAAAUUAUGUUCCAAUAAAUUCAAUUUGUGACCAUCAGUUAAGGGAUUGAUGACUGUAAAUAUUCAAAACUUCCUUUUGACUGAGUUUAAUUUGUGACCACCAAACUAGAGACUGAUGUAUGUGAACAAACAAUCAUAUUACUUCCUCAAUGUUAAGAUAUAUUUUUUGUUUAAACUUCUGUGCAGAAGGAGAUAUUAAAAUCGUUAAGAUAAUGACAUGUGUGUGUCUUUGGCUGCAUUCGCACUGAGGCUUAAACAGUUUUUCAAACAUUAAGUAAAAUAUUUCAACUUGUAAAUUUUUAUAACUGUAAAAUCAAUUUAAAAUUUAGAAUUGAGCUCAUUUUAAACAAUACUUUUUAUUUUUGUCUUGCCUGUCUGGAAGCAUUCUUAAGGAUGCUGUUUUUUAUGUUGAAGGCACAAACAAAUAAAGUUUUUGAAAAAGACCAAACAUAAAUUGUAUAUAAAAUGUUUGUAAUUAUAAAGAUGUAAACAUUGAAAAUUGUGUACAGAUAACAUGUUACACAUGAGAAAAGUAACUGCAGCCUAAGUUUAAAUUAAUUAAUGUUUGGCAUUUUAAAUGCUUUGUUAUAAAACAUAGAAUUACAUUUGUAGUUUUGUGAUUUGAUGUGUUUUUAAACAUGUCUAAAUCAUUGUUAGUUAUAAGAAAGUUGUCUUUGAUGAUUAUUUGUGUAUUAAAA